CAACCUUUGCAUCGCGGCCACCACACUCCUUCAACUUUCUAUUCCUUAUGGCUAUUCCAGAUGCUAAGACCAGAAGCACAAUAAGUUUACAUCCCUCAAAAGUCUUCUCUUCGUCGAUUCCGAGUCGUUUCUUGCCCAAAAUUCUAUUCUCCAAUGUGUGCUUCGUUUUAUCCCUCUUGUUAGCUAAGGAAUGGCUUUUGGAAUUUCAUGUCGGCGUCUUUUGGGUUGUAAUGAGGGUUCUGGCUUGUGGUGGGCUAAGUGUCUUAGUCUGGGAAGGAAUAACAGGUCAUUUGGGGAAGAGAGGGAAUAUCGAGUGGCUGGUGAUGGGCAUGGCUUCAAUAUUUCUAUUUGUUCAGCAAGCCUGCCUCUUUACCGUCGUAUUUCGUCUGUCCUCAAUGCGUGCCAUAAUAUUCACUCAGUUUUCAUCCAUUUGGGUUGACACGCUCUUAAAUACCGCUCAAUCCAGUAGUCCGUGGAAAUCCCUGAUCAUCGUUACUUCGAUGUUCCUCGCACUCUUUUCCGAUGCCCAUUUCUCGUCCGACAAUCUGGGAAGAGUAAUGCCAGGAUAUGUGGCCGUGUUAUUACAUGGUCUCUCCUCGACUGUGCUCAGAUACACUUAUGGCGUCCUAUCGCCCACAUUGGGAACGACAUUUACAGUGGCAGCAUCCACGCUCGGUGCAUCGGCCUUCGCAUUGCCGUUCUACGUUUUCAGGACAUUCAUGUUGGGAUUCCCUUCAGAGCCCAUACUGCCGCUGUUGUCCCUUGCAUCCAUUCCACUUCUAUCAUAUUCUCUCCUUUUUUUGCCACCAAUCGCACUGCGCUCGCCGAGUGAUGUAUUGCCAAGUUCACGACAUAUCGUGCUGUCGUAUCCCUUCUCAUUUGGUCUCGCCGCUAGCUUUGGCCCAUUAGCAUUCUCCCAUAUGCCAUCCUGGACGGAUGUAGCUGUCGCUGGAAUGUUGUACAUUGGAAUGUAUCCGAGUAGUGAAGGGACAUUUGCAGUCAACCAACGCACACCCAUUUCCCGGUUAUUGAGAGGUUACAUAAAGACAAUUUUGUCAAAUCAAGGAUCGAGAAGGAUCUUCUAUUUUUUGAUGCUUAACAUGACUUAUAUGCUCGUGCAAAUGUUGUACGGGGUAUGGACCAACAGUCUUGGUCUGAUAUCUGACGCAAUUCAUAUGGCCUUUGAUUGCAUGGCUAUCGGAGUUGGCCUUUUCGCGUCGGUCAUGGCCACUUGGAAUCCCAAUGAGCGGUUCACGUACGGAUACGGACGGAUAGAAACCCUGUCAGGCUUCGCAAACGGAGUUUUUUUGAUUCUAAUAUCGAUUUUCAUUGUUUUCGAAGCUGUGCAGAGAAUUUUAGACCCGCCAGAGAUGGAUACGAGCCAGUUGUUACUGGUCAGUUCGCUCGGAUUGGCAGUCAAUUUGUUCGGGAUGUUUGCCAUGGGUGGACACCAUCAUCAUGGGCACUCGCACUCUCAUAGCCAUUCUCAUGGUCACUCUCAUUCACAUAGUCAGACAGAGAAACAUUCAUCCUCUUUAUCCAGUAGUGCCGAGCAAUCACCAGGCUCCCGUUCCUACUCCCACUCGCAUUCUCACUCUCCUUCUCAUAACCACUCGGAUACACACUCGCACGAAUCGAUUCGCGAUGGAGAGCCCUUAGCGUCCCCCGUUACGCCCAACUAUGUCUUCGGGCACGAUGACCACUUCGACCUCCAUCAUCAUGACGGACACGCACCCAAUGUGCAUGAUCAUUCUCAUACGCAACAUUCUCAUGAAGGCCAUAACCAUAACAUGCGUGGAGUAUUUUUACAUGUCAUGGCAGACACACUGGGGUCAGUUGGUGUGAUCAUCUCAACUCUCCUCAUUCAGUUUUAUGGAUGGACCGGAUUCGAUCCUAUAGCUUCAUUAUUUAUCGCGAUCUUGAUCGUUGCGAGUGUGAUACCACUUGUACUUGAUACCGGGAAAGUGCUUGCACUUGAUAUUGGUGACCGGUCCUUGAGUGUGCGGCGUACGUUAGCGGAGCUCGAGUCGCUCGAAGGGGUAGUUGCAUAUUCCGAGCCGCGUUUCUGGCCCAAAGACGCAGAGAGGUUGAUUGGAAGUAUCAAGAUACAGGUUGCAUCGCCAGGGAUAGUUUCGUUGCGAGAGGGAAAGGAGUGGACCAUCGAUCGGGUCGUUGAGUGUGUUGACACCUUAUUAAGGAAGAGGAUCGAGGGCCUGGAAGAACUGACCAUUCAAGUGGAGGAGGCAAGAUGAGAGAUUUUAGUUAGCUUCUCAAUAAUACUAUCGACAAUCAAAGGCGAAGGUUACACCGUCA